AUGAUUGACGAACUCUCCAAGCUGACAGCCGACGAAAUUGACUUGAAGAUGCAUUAUUUGGAAGAUGAAGCUGAUAGAUUUCCGGCAGAUAAAGACCGGAACCUCGACAAGGCUCUGUGGUCACUUACAAUUGACUUGAUGAAUACAACAAAAGUAUCCUUCCCUGUCACGUUGGCCCUCGCCUAUGCCCUUCGGAUGUUAGGGGUUGAGGCACUUAUUCAUUCCUCGAAUCAACAGCCAGAAUCAUGCCAAUCUGUUGUAUGGACCUACUUAGAAUCUUCUGAAAAGUAUUUGGACAACGGAUCAGUGUUGGUUCCACAGUAUAGGCAGUUAGAUUCAAAACGACGCAGACUUAGUAUCCAGAGCAAUACCGAAAAGACUGAACUGCAUGCUUUGGUGGCCUCCAUUUCAGUCCUAUAUGCACGCCUCAUGGCUGACGAUGGCAUUAUUGCUAUCUUGUCCGAGUUGACUGGAAAAGAACAAGUGAACAACCCCAAUGGUUUUGGUCUGGAUACGCCCUGCACUGAGUUCUGCUCGACUUUGAAUCAAGACUUGAUGGCCUCCUUGAAUCAUGGCCGACCCUUGCAUUUCCAAAAGGAGUGCCUUCCCUCCUCUAGUGCUUUGUUGGAUACGAACCUUGACCAACAAGACAGUAUCCAAUUGGUGGUAGCAGCAGAAGUGCAAAGGGCUGUCGGGAUUGAUCUGCACACACACCUCCUGCCACCGACGCAUGGACCGCUGUGUCUGUGGGGAAUCGAUGAACUCCUCACUUAUCAUUAUCUUGUAGCCGAAUAUUUCAUCACUGCACCAGCAUCGAUGACACCCAAAUUAUUCUAUUCACUCCCAAAGCAAAAGCAAGCAGACACGAUAUGGAAAGCCUUGUUCAUUGACCGUCUACCUCUUUCAGAAGCAUGCCGAGGAAUCGUUACCACCUUGAAGAGUUUGGGACUCCAAAACGAAUGGGAACGUCGUUCCUUGAAGGCGAUCCGAGCGUUCUAUGCCACCUUUCGAAAUGAUGGAGUGGAGGGAGCAGAACGCUUCUGCGAGCACGUCUUUGCCAACUCGGGAAUUGAAUAUUCCAUCAUGACAAACAUUCCAUUUGACCCAAAUGAAGAAAUGUAUUGGAAACCAAAGCGAGCCUCCUAUUCGACUCGAUUUCGUUCAGCGCUGCGGGUCGACCCAUUGCUGGCUGGAGACAAACCAACAAUUGAAGCUGCAUUACGAUCGUCAGGAUAUGAUAUCACAUUGGAGAGUGCCAGACAGUAUCUUCGGGAUUGGUGUGAGACCAUGAAGCCCGAGUACAUGAUGGCAUCCACUCCUCAUGAUUUUGUCAUCCCAGAAGGGACACUUGCUUCUGUCAGCUACAAACAAAAGAACACUGUCGACUCGAACGCCUUGAAAGAGCCAUUUGCCUUUGUACCUGCGGUAGCAUCCCAUGCCGCCAAUUGUUCACCACCAGAAGAUGAAGCUCCAAGUAUCAUUGACGAGCAAAGUGACUUUCUCAGCCAAGUACUCAUGCCAGUUUGCGAGGAACUAGAUUUGCCGGUUGCAUUGAAAAUCGGUGCCCAUCGCGGUGUCAAUCCAGGGCUCAAAGCAGCUGGAGAUGGAGUGGUUGCCUUUGCCGAUGCAGGUAUGAUUGCUCGUCUCUGCACUCGGUUUCCCAAAGUGCGCUUUCUUGCAACCUUUCUUUCUCGGAACAAUCAACACGAGGCUUGCGUUCUAGCUUCAAAGUUCCGCAACCUUCACCUAUAUGGAUGCUGGUGGUAUUGUAACAAUCCUAGUAUCAUUCGAGAGAUUACAAAAAUGAGAAUGGAAUUUCUGGGAACAGCAUUCACGGCACAGCACAGCGAUGCUCGUGUCGUGGAUCAAUUGCUAUACAAGUGGCCACAUUCGAGGGCUGUCAUUGCCAAAGUGGUGGCAGAGGAGUUUGUAAAACUGAUGGAAUCAGGGUGCAUGCAAAUCACAAGAAGACAAGUUCGCGAUGAAGUGCAAAAUCUGUUUCGGGGAAGCUACGAACAGUUCAUGAAGAAAUCGCUAGUCUGA